CAACGUCUAAUGCGCAUGUCUCACAGGCAUAUCCGGCUUGAACUUUUUUUUUCUCACACAUUAUUUCCGGUAGUUUGUAUGGAAGAAAAGAAAAUGCUCAACCGUUAUUUUAAUAUAACUUUGAUGUUUUUGUUAAGCACUCAUUAAGAACACUGGAUCAAAAUUUACAAUCGAGUUUGCAGAGUAGAUUUACUACUUUGAAUCUUGGUGCUCAAAUAACGCAGUCAGGCUCAUCUGGUGGCCAGUUUUUUUACAACCCAUUUAAUAUCAUGCCGUCACGUCGGCGAAAGCGUGAUACCAGUUCAGAAGAUUUGCCAACCAAGAAAUCACGAACAUACCAACAGAAAAAGGAAGUGGCUACAGAGUUUAAUAAGAAGCGUUGUCUAGCCUGGUUUCAUGAGUACACAGGAGCUAGUGAGGAGACACUUGGCCCAGAGGGAAUGGAGAAAUUUUGUGAAGAUAUUGGAGUGGAGCCAGAAAAUAUUGUGAUGCUAGUCCUGGCUUACAAACUCAAUGCUAAAAACAUGGGUUUUUUCACUGUUGAUGAGUGGAUGAAAGGAAUGACUGAACUGCAAUGUGACACAAUUGGAAAGCUUCAGAACAGACUGGACUAUCUCAGGGCGCUGUUAAAUGAUCCUGCCCUUUUUAAAAAUAUUUACAGAUUCGCUUUUGACUUUGCACGGGAAAAAGACCAAAGAAGUCUAGAUCUGGACACGGCCAAAGCGAUGCUGUCAUUGGUCCUGGGCAAAGACUGGCCUCUCUUCUCUUACUUCCACCUGUUCUUAGAGCAUCAAACUAAAUACAAAGUGAUUAACAAAGACCAGUGGUGUAAUAUCCUUGAAUUCAGCAGAGUUAUCCAACCUGAUCUGGACAACUAUGAUGAGGAUGGUGCCUGGCCAGUGAUGUUAGAUGAAUUUGUGGAAUGGCUGAAGGAGAAGUCCAAUGAAGGUCGUGAAAUGCGAAGUUGAAAUGGGGGAAAACGUCGAUUCGUUUGUUUACUGUUUUUAAAAACUGCAUCUAGAGCUGUCUUAGACUGACUCCGAACUCAUCAACUUCCCUGGACUUAAAGAAAACUUUGAAGACAAAAAUCUGCAUUCACCAAAUGUAUAUAGUUUGUGACUUCAAGAUUGUCUCCAGUGCCAAUAUGACCUCAGUGUAACAACUGUAAAUAUAUUUGCCAGACCCACAAUGUUGACCCUUAGAUCUAUAUUUGUCUUUGAUUCAUUAACAUAGUUUCCUUAUGGCAGAGAAGAAAUCCAUUCUUUAUAUUAAAUACAUAACAUUUAACCUAGUAUUUUUGAAAGAGAUUACAGAUGUAUAUUGCUUAACUAUUAAACAUUUCUCUUGGUAACAGAAUGUUCUUUCAUUUGAUGAACAGUUAAACUUUCUAAUUGGUUAAUUACAUUCACAACUUUUUCAGAAUUAAGAGAAACAAUUUCCUGGCAUGUUUUUAUAUUUGUCCUAUCAGCCCACAUAAAUUUAAAUACCCUCAGGGGAUAAAAAAAAAACUAAGAUGCACUUAUUGUAAUUUAUUUAUAUUUACGACAAAUACACAUUUUAAUGGAUAGUUAACUAGUCGAAGUGACAGCAGACUCAAAACUUUCAACAUGUACCAAUUUUAGCCCCCACUGUUAUGAAAAGCUCCUUGAAUCCUUUAGUUUUGGGUCAAACUGGUAUAUCACUUAUUAGUCUGUUCUAUGUUUGUGACAAUUGUUCAAGUUUAAUAUUGUGCUUUUACUCUUGGAGCACUUCACUGGACUGUUUGUUGUUCAGACUUUCUAUUUUUUGCGUCUGCUGUUGUAUUUUUUUCCCCUUCGCAUAUAAUUGAGAUUCUCUACAGUCAUAAUAUUUUAUCUCGGAGACAAUAAUUGAUACUUUUUUCAUCGUGAAAAUUGUGUUGUUUUCCAUGAACAAUAUGAGUGAUUACUGUAAAUAAGGGUAUUUAAUACCGUAGCCAUAUUUAUGAUUCUCUUUUUUAAACUGUUGAACUAGAUGCUGAUUGAAGUGUACUGGCUUGACCAAUAAAAAAAUAAUGGCAAUCUUGUGAGAAUAUUGUGCAUUCAAGUCAUGAAUAUAUUGCCCACUGGAAUGUCGAAUCUGUAUUUUGAAAAGACUCUUAAGAAGCCAUUCUUUUCAUUGUUGUAAAACCGAGGCUUCAUUUCCAUUACUGAUGUGUAGAUCUCAAAGUAAGUUAGCCUUGAUUCAAUGUUGCCAACAAGAGCACUGGUCCCGUAGGAUAUAGUAUCCUCAAUCGGCAAUAGAGAUGAUCACUUCAAAAGGAUCAGAAGUGUAUUUGUCUUCUUGCAUAUUACAAAGACACUUGACUAACCCUAGCUCUGAUUGGCCCCUUCCAUUGCUGUAACAUUGUCACUGAUUAGAUUAUUCCACAAGUAUUUAAAUUCUUUUGUUUCUAUGUUGGAGAGUUGGUUGAGAAUUCUAACAUUUAUGAAGGAUGUAUAUGGAACUCUUUCUGAAGCGAAAUUCCUUGCCAUAUAUUUGUUUGAUAUAAACUAUUGAUUUCAUUUUUUUUUUUACAUUUUAAAAGCUUUUAACCUGUUAACAACUUUGCCUAUUGGUUUUACUAAUGUACUGGUAUGCUAUUUGUACAACUUUUGUUUUUCUUGAUAUUUGUACAAAAACUUGCAGUCUGGUUUCUUGUAGACUUGUCUUUGAACUAAUUCUUCAUUGAGGUUUCAUUAGCAUCAAAAAGUGUAAGUAGGUUGUGAUUGUUUUACCAAUAGCUUAACUUUGAAAAUAACUAUAAAAUAGAAAGGAUUACUUUCAGGUUAAGAUGUUUUCUUUUUAUCUAUUAUCUCCCCCUGAAAAACAAUUGUGCUGCUUUUCAAUGUGUCAAUAAUUCUGCUACUGCUUCAACUUAAAGCCACCAUUAUUUGUUUGAUUUAGCUUGUGAACCUUUGAAAAUCUGCUCAGGGCUGCUCAUUCCUAACUAGCGAGUUCAACCUUUGAACUAGAUCCUAAGUGAGGAAAGACUGUGUUCCAAGUAUUCCCUGUUUCUUCCAUGAAGAUGUCUGCGUACCAUUGAAUGUGUGUGAAACUGGUCUCUCAAUGAUCAAAUCAGAGACAAUGUAAAUAUGUUGAUUUUUAAACGAGCCCUGCGGAGGAGCAGUUUUAAUAUUUCAAAUCAUUUAAAUGUACACCUGGUUGUUGAAGACCAAAAUGUAUACCAAUGGCUGGAUGAAAUGAUGUGUUGAUGGCCAGUAUUAUAUAGGUCAAGGUUUGCUGCUGUUCAAAACUCUAUAAGUUUGCAAGCAUAAAACUAAACAGCUAGUCAUGGAGUUGUGGAACAUUUAGUUUUGUCAAAGUUUUUGUUCAUUAUACAUUGAAUUCACUUGAUUUUACAGUUUUAGAGACGACACAAUCAAAAGAAGUAAUGUGUGUAUUUUGAACCAGUAGUUUAAAGUAUAAUAAUUUUUCUUUGAUACACAUCUAGGGGAAAAAAAGGAGGGGGCAUUUUAUAUAUAUAUAUGUAUAUUUGUUUUGUUUUGGAGUUAGAGGGGAGAAUACUCUACUUUUUUUUUUUUUUUUUUUAAGAGACUUGAAAUCUUUUGUGAUGUGCUGAGAUUGUUUUUAGGGUAUGCAAAAAUGUUACUUGAUAUGUAAAUAAACACAUUGUUAUACAUCAA